UUAGUGUGAAAUCACCCUAAUCUAUUAUAAUAUACUGUACUAGGAACUGCAAGAGCUAGGGGGGCUGAAAAACAUCUCUGUGGAGCUUCCCGAUUGGCCAGUUAGUGAUGACACAGUGCUUCACUUGGCAACCGCUGAGGCUCUAGCAACAGGAAAAACAGGCGAGGAGCUACUGCAUGAGGUUGCUUUCCGAUAUGUGGAGGGAAUGAAGGACAUGGAAGGGAGGAAGCCAGGACCUUCAAGUAUUCUAGGUAUUGCACAGUUGUGCCCAGGCACUGAAGGGGGUUACAGGGUGCCAUAUAACCCAGAAGCCACAGGUUGUGGGGCAGCCAUGAGGUCUAUGUGCAUUGGUCUUAGAUAUCCUCGUCCUGAUCAGCUGUCCUCACUGGUUGAGGUUGCUGUGGAGACUGGAAGAAUGACCCAUCCUCAUCCAACCGGUUUCCUUGGAGCUGUGGCUUCAGCCUUGUUCACCACUUAUGCAGUCCAGCGAAGACCAAUCACAACCUGGGGUCUGGGUUUAUUGGAGGAGGCUUGUCCUGUCGCAAAAACAUUUGUUAAGUCUGCAGGAUAUGCUGUUACGGAGACUGAGAGAGACUGGGACUACUUUACUGGAAAAUGGAAAUGGUAUUUGGAUCUAAGAGGAUUGUUUAUGGGGACUGGUCAAGUUACUUGGCCUGACCAGUAUGGGCCAGCAGAACGAGAUGAGGCCUACAAGAGCUUCAGUCUGUCAGGCUGGGCUGGUCGAAGUGGUCAUGAUGCUCCAAUGAUCGCUCUGGAUGCCCUUUUAGGAGCAGGCUCAGACUGGGAGGAACUCAUGAGUCGAGCAGGAUUUCAUGGAGGAGACAGUGACAGUACUGCAGUGAUUGCCUGCUGCUGUUGGGGUCUGCUGUAUGGAAUGGACAGAGUUCCACAGUGUAACUAUAGAAACCUGGAGUACAGGGGACGACUGGAGAGUGUGGCUCAAAAGCUGUAUGGUCUUUCUCACUGCUAAAGCAAAGCUGUGAACAGAGAAAAUACAAAAAGAGAAACCUAACAUUGUCAUUUUAGAUCAGUGAACAUUUUUCAUAUAUGACAUACCCUUAAGGUGUGUUCACACUGACAGCAAUUAAAUUGUUUUAGGUUACCAAUGUCACUUGUAGGCACACAAUCAUCAAAAAUACUGAGGUUGCUUUGUUGAUGCAAAUGACAGUCUAUGUGAAUUCUCCUUUAAAUCUAAUGUACAUGUUACAUGUAUAUUCCUAUAUUAAAAAAUAAAAAGUAAUAAAUACAUACAUAAAAAUAUUUUGGAUGCAUUUGUUU